GCAUGCUAUCCUUUCCUUGUGAGCCGAACGUUCUUCCAUGGCAUCGCCGGCUCGCCGGAAUUCCGAACCCUACUCGGUCACGUAUAAGACGUCUGCAACCCAUCAAUCCGUUCCACAUUCAGACCUGUGAUUUAACCUGAACCCCAUGGACUCGACCCUGCCGCGUCUUCUUCCUCCUCUCCCGUCGCUUCACCAUCAGCGCCGCCCGAGCCGUCCAAAGAUCAUUCCAGGAGAUCACGACGGCCUCGGCGGCGGUGGCAGGGUGCCGGCGCGUGUCAGGACGACGGGCGGAGGACGACAAAACUCCGGCAAGUUCUGCGCGAAAGGGCUGUUCGGCGCAGGCGGCGGCGGCGGCCUCCGGACCGUGAUGAGGAUGGUGAAGCUGAACUCGACCAUCCAGAACCGGAGCGUCAGGGAGCUGCUCAAGCUCGUCGGCGACGAGUGCCUCUACUUCCUCGGCAACCUCCGGUCCGUUGAUGUUUCGCAGCUGGGCAAGGACGUGUUCCUGCUUCUCCACGCCCUGAUGGUCCGGCACCACGUGUCGCUCGUGCUCAAGCCGUCGCCGGACGAAGCGGGCUUUGACCUGGGCGUCAAAUGGUCUCUAGAGUGGAAGGGGCACAAGCUGCCUUGGGACCUAGACUGCAACGUCUCCACCAAGCACGUCUACAGGGGCCUCCUGCUCGUCAGCCAAGUUAACAAGACCUGCGUGCCACUCCUUCAGAGGAUUCUUGGGAUCAUCCAGCAGAAUUUGGACGCUGUAAUUUUGACUAUUGUGAACAAGGUCCUGCCUGAAGGUACCCUUGACGAGAAGAAGACCAGCACCAUCAUUUUCUGCGUCAUCAUUGGUCUAGUGGUCAUGGUCCUGUUCUACGCCUUGUUCAAGAACUUGUAGGUUCAGGAGAGCAAGGCACGAUUAUCCACUAUUGUACAGUUACCAAAACCUUCUUGUAAAUCAUCAUCUGUUGUAUUUUCGCAAGAAGAAGAAACCGCAGGAGCGUCCAGUAUUUUCGCAAGAAGAAGAAACCGCAGGAGCCGUCGGCUUCAAGUUCCAGUGGCUGAGUUUGUUUAUUUGUUGAGUUUGUUUAGCAAGUUGUUAGCGUGAUCCACUUUGUUAGGGAGUUGUUGGGUCCUCAAUGUUAUAAAGGGGAGACUAAACAUUAUUCAGAUUAAGCAAGGAAUAAUUAUCCACAUAAUUUGGUUGUU